AUGGUACUUCGCAUGCUCUGGAACAUUGGCUCGGGUCUCGUGCAUGGCGCUCUGAAACCAGCAUCUCCCUCCCGCUUGGCGGGCUUGCAUUAUCCAGCGGUGUGGAGAGCUCGCUCGGGGUUUAUGGACUGUGAUGUGAACCUGCACCUGAACAACUCGUCGUACCUCUACAGCAUGGAACUCGCUCGCUGGCACUUGACAGCGGCAAACGGCGUCCUAUGGCAAACGCUGAAGCACCGGCGGAUGUUCCUCGUGGCCUCCCAAGCCAUUCGGUAUCGCCACGGCAUCCCUCCUUUCCAUGCGUACCAAGUCAAGUCGCAGAUGAUCUAUUGGGACGGUCCUUGGAUCUACUUUUUGCACCAGUUCCAAGAUGCUUCGAGCGGCAAGAUCUUUGCCGAAGGGUUGUGUCGCGCCAUUGUGAAGCAGCGCGGAAAGGACGUGUCAUUUACAAAACUGAUCUCCGAAGUGCACGAGGGACCCCUUCCUCCCCAGCCGACAGAAGUGCCGGACGUUGUCAAGGGGUUCCUCGAGUGGGACGCUGCCAGUCGAUCGAGUAUGGAAGCGGCUCAUGCACGCGAGAAAACUACUGCUACAAGUACCGCUGCACCACCAAAAACGCCACCGAGCGUUGGAGCUCGCGUCUGGACGGAACUGCAACGCUCGAUGAACCGUCCAUAG